GCAGAAAUCACAUUCUACUUUGUCUAUCAUUUCAAUUCACAUUGUGUUUAUUCAAAGAAUUAAGAUGGCAGCUUAUGCAGCUCUGGUUUCUCUUAUGCGUAUCAUAGAUGAUAUUGAAACUCAUCCGUCUCCUCCGAUUUCUCUCGACAACCAGCAAGUGAAAUCUAUCACAGAAAUAGUUACCUUCUUGCAGGAAUUUCUCGAAGUCUACAAGUCACCCUACGAGUAUAGCGACGAAGCAGAUCCCUUGGAGAUUCGCAUUUUGGAUGCAAGUCAUACAGCUGAAGAUGUGAUUGAGUCUUAUAUAAUUGACAUCAUUCAGCUUUCUGCAUCAGCAGCUGAUGAUGGUGUUGAUGAACAAAUCAGUUGCAUUCACUUCUAUCAAGAUUUGCAAAAUGUGAUAGAAGAAAUUGAUUUAAUCAAGAAAGAGGUGGCUGGGUUUACUAGGGAGAAGGUAGUUCACCAUACAAACUCGGGUUUUGAUGAAACUGGUUUAAGAUCCAGUUCCACUGAGAAGAACCAUCUCAUGGUAGGGUUUGAUGAUGUGCUUCUUCAACUCCUGGAUAGGCUUACCGAUGGAAACACCAGUCGCCAAAUAAUCCCUAUUGUGGGGAUGGGUGGCAUCGGCAAAACCACUCUUGCAAAAGGUGCGUUUAAACACGCGCUUAUUAAGGAGCAUUUUGAUAUCUGUGUGUGGGCUACCAUUUCUCAAGAUUAUAAUAUAGUAGAAACUCUUAGGGAAGUUCUCACUCGAGCAGGAGGAUCCUCCAGCACUAUGGAUGAGAAAGAAUUGGAAGUUAGAUUAUUCAAGUGCUUAUGGGGUAGGAGGUAUCUCAUUAUAUUGGAUGAUAUGUGGAGUAUAGAUGUGUGGGAUAGGUUGAAAUUUUCAUUUCCUGAUUGCCAUGAGGGUAGUCGAAUAGUAGUAACAACAAGGAUGUCGAACUUGGGUGCCCACUUGACGAAUUCCAAUAGCCUCUUUAAGAUUGGAUUUCUAGACGAGGUUAGUAGUUGGACUUUGUUCUCCAAAGUUGUAUUUGGGGAACAAAGCUUUCCUACUCAGCUCGAGAGUAUUGGAAAGAGAAUUAUGAAAAAAUGUAAUGGACUUCCUUUGUGUAUUGUUGUAAUAGGAGGUCUAAUGGCUAAAUCCGAACGUACACUAGGAUAUUGGGAGCACAUAGAGAAAAACUUAAGCUCAAUUGUGAAUUCGGAGAAUGAUGAUUAUUGCUUGAGAUUGUUGAAACUGAGCUAUAACUAUUUGCCUGCCUAUCUAAAGCCUUGUUUUUUGUAUAUGGGAGUGUUUGAGGAAGACAGUGAAAUUCGUGCUUCAAUAAUCGUUCAACUAUGGAUUUCUGAAGGAUUUCUUAAACCGAUUGACGCCAAAAGUUUGACAACAGUUGCCGAACAGUACUUGAAAGAACUAGUGGAAAGAAAUCUCAUUCUAGUUCAUGAGUCGGAGAUACUUGGGAAAGUAAAGUCCUACAAAAUUCAUGAUUUACUUAGAGAUCUGUCUAUGAAAGAAGCUGAGAAACAUAGGUUUUUUUAUAUCCUCGGGGAAAAAAGUCCUCAAGGACUAAUUAGCCAACAACGUAUUGUUAUUCCUGGAAGCACUUCCUGGACAAAAACCCAAGAUGCCUUGGAAUAUAUGUCCUAUGCUCGUUCUUAUCUAGUAUCUGGUAAUAAAAGAGUUGAUCGAUUCCCAAAUUCUAGAUAUUUGAGGUUAUCGCAUACGUGUGAUUGGCAAAGCUCAAAAUUAAAUGUGUUUCAGUUGAUGAACUCACGAUACUGUAGGUUUGAAGCUGAUGCGAAGUUUGUAAUUCCUUCUUCCAUCAAUCUGCUUUGGAAUUUAGACACACUAAUUAUUAGUAGUGCGAAAGAUUUGAUUGCACCAAUUGAAAUCUGGAAAAUGUAUAAACUUAGGCAUCUCGAGUUUAAUGAUCAGAGAUUGCAUCUCCCAGAUCCUCCUCUGAGCGCCGAAGAUGAUAUUAUUAUCAUGGGGAAUCUAGAGGUGGUUAGAGGAGUGAAAAAUUUCAAUGUAGGUGAAGAUAUUGUUAAAACAAAUCCCAAUAUCAAGGAAUUGGAUAUGGUGUACGACGGGCAACUAAUUGAUGGAGUGAACCAUCUUAGUAAACUGGAAUCCUUGGAGUUGUGGGCCCACUCCCCUGAUAUUGGAAACUAUCUGCAUAAGAUCAACUUCCCACCUUCCCUUAAAAACUUGAUUCUCCACCUACCAAGUAAUUUUGAGUUGGAGGACAAAAUGCAAAUGAUAGGUUCCUUACCACUUCUCGAGAAGCUCGAAUCAUGGGGAGGCCGCUUCAGAACGCGUGAAUGGGAAACAAUUGAAGACCAAUUCCUAAGUCUGAAGUCACUUACAUUGUCUCAUUGUGGUGAUCUUGAAAACUGGACAGUGACGGAUAGCUCCCACUUUCCACUUCUUAUAGAGCUUUGUCUUUCUUACUUAGAUGAAUUGAAGGAGAUUCCUUCAGUAAUUGGGGAAAUACCAACACUAAGAUCAAUUGCAUUGGAAUUUUGCAAUGAAUCGGUGGUAUUGUCAGCUAAACAGAUAUUAGACGAACAAGAGGAUUUAAAUGGAGACCAACUCGACCUCUUUGUUUACGCUGGAGUUUGGAAGGAAGAUAGAGCAUUGAAGAAGUUGGCAACUUCCAACUUUGAAGUCACAGUGCAACUCUAUUACAGGGAAAAGCUCUUGGAAUCCAGCGAUAGCUCCGACGACGGAUGACGAGCGCGCAAGGCUGAGGGAGGAGGGGUGGUGGUUGCAAGGCGGCGGCUGGCCAAGAAAAAAUGAGGGAUCCAGAGCAAGAGAGAUGGGGACGAAAGGUGAGAAGAGGAAGUAGAGAGAGAAGUGCUGUAGCAGUCCCCCUUUUAUGGCAUAUCUAGCCGCCACUUCAAAGAUCCGAUCUUUACCAACGACAACGGCAGCAUCUGCAUGGCGGCAGAUGCGUGAAACGAGAGACGGGGCAUCUGGGUGAGACGGCGAGCGUGGCGGGUGAGGAAGGCGCAGCGGGACGAGCGGCAAAGCGGUGUGGAAGGAAAGCCGGCGAAGAAGAAGGAACGGUGUUCUGACGGGUGAUGAUUUCCGGGAGGCGGAGCGGAUCUCCUACUCCGCAUUCCCUGUUCCAUUCAUAAUCCACCUCUCACGACUUAAUAAAAUAAUAAUAUUAUAACUAUUUUAUUAAGUUGUAAGAGGUUGAUUAGGAAUGAAGUACAGAAUGUGGAGUAGGAGAUCCACUCCGGGAGGAGGGAGGAAGGGAGAGACUUAAGAGUGCUGGAGGUGUGUAUGUAUAUUGUUUGGACUUUAGUUUAAUAUUUAGUGGGCUUUUAGCGUGUUGGAUUUUGGAGUAUAAUUUGGAUUUUAAAUAUAUUUAUAGUA